AUGUACUCUUCCUGGAAAGACGGAAAACGAGCCUUCGCUCUUGACUUCAUUGCAUUCAACGAGUGGCCCCCAAGCUCCCCAGACCUCAAUCCAUUGGAUUUCUCGGUCUGGUCUGUUCUUGAAGCCGAGGCCUGUCAGAAACCUCACAAAAACCUCGAAAGUUUGAAGAAAUCUCUCUUGAAAGCCUGGGAGGGUCUGGACGCCGCCUACUUGGUCGCCACGGUCGACGCCUUUCCCAAGCGACUCAAGUCUUGCAUCGACGCCAAAGGAGGAAGAUUCGAAUAUGAUCAA